AUUUCGCCACGGACGUUGCCGAAACGUUAUUUUUUAUUUAUAUCUCAUACGACGAUGUUCCCGUAGAGUGCGACUGGCUCCGUGCGUGCAAACGAUACGAUAAAACGACGGAAUGGCGAACGACGAGGUGCUAGGGCCGCGGAAGACGAUGUUCGUUUUAGUGAUUGUUGUUGGAUGUUUCGCCGUCCUCUGGCCCAGGAUACUGUCUCCGUUCAUCCUGGGCAGUACCUCGGACCACCUCAAGCCUAACAAAUUUGACCGGGAGGCAGGCUGCUGUGAAGUGAUAUUUGAGCAGGAGGUGGCCGUGCUAGAAUUAGUUAAUGAAGUCUGCAAUCCAGUUCUCGGAGAUAGGAUCCAAUCAGCUGCGGAAUGCCUUAAAGCUGUCAAUGAUACAUGCGGGCUUGAUAUGGCAGCAUUUGUCAAACGUAGCGAGAAUGUUGGCAAAACAACCAAGAUGCUAGUGGAAAACCUGAAGAAUAGCAACAGUUCUUGCCUGAGGACAAACUUUGGUGUGCCAGUGUACAGUCUCAGUACACAUUUCGCAGUGAACUCAUGGCAAGAGAAAGAAACUGUGAAACAGGAACGACCUCCUAUCAGAGUUGGAGCUCAUCCGGCCAUGCGUGAGCGGGGUAGAGCUAUACCUCCCACUCCGCCAGGGACACCUCCGAAGCCCGUGGCUCUCCCCCCACAUGUCAGGGUACGAUCACUCUCUCCCCUCUCAGUGUACUACGAUCUGGACAUCAAGCCACCUCCUAUCCCGGGUAUGCGUCCACCUCUGGGUGCUCCCGGGGGACCUGUGCCGGCUCCCAAGUCCUCCAUGGGGUUCGUGAUGCCCAUCUACACCAUAUGCAUCAUAGUGUUCUUCGUAUACACCCUCAGUAAGAUUCUCUUCAAACGUGCGGCCACCCCCUACGACCCCGUACCUCCGGACCCUCAAUUCCGUCGCCGCGUGUUCAGAGACGACUCGAGGACAACGCCGGAUAAAUUAGUCGUCACUGCUAUAUCAGGGCUGGUAGCGGAGGUGAGGCAGCAGAUGGAGUCUUCCAGCACCCAGAGCCAGGAAGCGCUGGAUAGUACUCGUCAGUAUACCAACGGUACAAUUCUUCAUAAUAGUGGACCAGUCCAAAUAGUCACGAGUGAAUAUCGAGAAGCGAAAGAGAGCACCCCUGAACUUCAAAAAGAUAAAGAAGUAUGUCCAGAACCACAAACAAAAGAAAUAAACCCUGAAGUACAAGAUGUUUGCCAACCAGGGAAAUCGUCAUUGGAAGAAAAUAUUAAAGAGGAGGAAAAAUUAAAUCUGGAGACAGAAGAAAAAUCAGAAGAUUUGUUAAAAGAUGAAGUAGACACCGCACAAGAAAACACAGAACUUGAUAAACAAAUGCCAUUAACCGAUAACGAUGUUGAAGAAAAGAAAAAUUUAUCUGAAAAAGUAAACGAAACUUUGACUCAAAGCGCAACAGAGAGUUUGACUCAAGAUGACUUAAAUUUAAGAGAGGAAAAAGAAUCAGGUCCAGCAAAUACUCCGACCAAAACCUCUGAAGACUUUCUAAAUCAAGAGCGAAAAGAAUUAAUAGAGGAGAUGGAAUCAACACAGAAACUUCUAGAAGAAGCUAUUGAUGAGGAUCCUGUUGAAAAUAAUGAAAUUGCGGAGAAAGAAAGUCAAGUAGUAAAGGUGGUAGGUAUGGAGACGACGGCUCACCACGCAGAUGGUGGCGCCUGGAGGGCGGAGCCGCCGCGGGUGGUAGCACCCCAACGACCGCACGAGUCUGAACCGGUGCAGUCCAUCUUCCUGGAGACGGAGAUACCUCAGCAGUCUCGUGUCCUCAUCAGCGAUUUCGAAGACAGAUCACAACCUAGCAAAGAUGCAUCCUUGGUGGUGAGCGGGAAAAUAACGUUGUCUUUGAUCCAGGACGCUCCGCGAGACACACCCGACAGGGAUCUAGAAUCUCAGGACGAUUUUACGACGGCCAGUGCGGCGACACAACACGCUGAGAAAGAGGAUGAGGUGUCGGACGAAGAGAUCGAAGAAGAAAUAGAAAUUGAAGAAAUAGAGGAAGAAGUAGAAGAAGAGGAAGUCGAAGAAGAGGAGAACCCAAAGAAGACAAAUUCUAAAUGAACUGAUAGAAAAUAGUAUUAAUGUGAAGACGUUUAUAUACGGCUAUGUUUACAGUUAUAUGUUUAUUGAAAAACGUACCUCUUCGAUAGUAAUAAUUGGUCCUAGAUCUUUGUCCAGCUCUCGUCAUACUAAUAUCGUAACCUAAUGUUUAGUUAAUUCUAUGACACUUUCUCACAUCACUAUGUCCCCUCUAUAUAUUCCUUGUAGCUCUUUGAUAUUCAUAUGUAGAGGAAGGUUGUGCCAAAUUCUCUUCCAGCUUUUCUAGAUUUUGUAUAACAACUGACAACUGUGUUCCGAAUAAUUCUCUUUGUAAGUCAUCUCAUAAAAUUGUUCUAAGAUUCAAAUAUAACGCCAUAAUCGAUCGAGUCCAUCGUCAAUGUCCGUCGGUAAUGGCAUCAAAAUUUAUUGAGUUCUGCAUUUAAAUCGUAUCAGUUAUCUCGAACACUUUUAUUUUUAUUUUGUCAUUGAAUUAUCAAUUAAUUCUACAUAAUAACAUUCCUUGAAAUGUGAACAACAGGGGUGUGACUGCCGUCACCAAAUACACCAGUCGUGAGACCCAAUAAUAAUGCUCGUAUUAUGUUUACCAUAUAUUUGCCGAUCUCACUGCAAACGGAGUGUUACAAGUUCUUUACUCAUUAACUUUCAUGCGUGAAGGUAUGAGUGUGCUAUUUUAUAGUUUAUUUUAUAAUAAACUCGUUGUGUUUAAAAGCUUUUGACGUAGAUUCAGGGUCAUACCCGCGGCAGGCUACUCCCCCGUGAACCGAAAGAUUUACCUAUUUAUUUAAAGGAAUAUAUUAAAAGUAUGUAUCCAUGACAACAUUUAUUUUUUUAGCAUUUUCUUAUCAGCUUAUUUGUUAUUGUUUGAUUAGAUUUUGUAAGAAAUAAAUUAUUAACCUAAAA